AUGCGUCGCGUCGCGAGGUGGCUGCGCUCGCUUGGCCUGAUCAACUGCCUGGCCCUCUCCCUGGUCUCUCUCUGCCUGCUCUUCACGUUGUGGCCCGUGGAGGUGGCGAUCCCGGUGCGAGAGGGCGGUGGCGCGCAACAACACGACCUGCGGGCGGCGGGGCUGCGUUCAGCGGACGGUGGCGCCCUCGCACGCGCGGGCGAUGGAGCGAGUGCGCGACGAGGGGCGCAGGACGCGGCUGCGAAGGGGGAUCACGCGACGGUGAUGCAACUUGUUGGUGCCCUGGAGGCGUCGCUGAACGCCACGCGCGACGCGAUCCGAACGGAGCUGCACAGCAUGCGGGAGGAAAUGACCGCUCUAGAGCGGAACGUGACGAGUCUGCGCGAAAUGCCCACGCGGCAGGGGCCGUCUGACCGCGUGCGCAGCGAGGAAAAGCAAGACGUCGACAAAGCCCGACGCGGGCCUUCUCCGCACAGCGCAGGCGUCCAGGAGCUGACCGCGGGCAACGUCGGACACUACGUGGACGGCUCGCUCCCGGAGGACGCGGCGUGCGCGUCGCACCCGGGCCUGAAGGUGUGGAUGCGCCGGGACGAGCUGUCGCUGCUGACCGACACGCUCAAGCCCUCUGACACGUACCUCGAGUGGGGCUCCGGGGGCAGCACCGCGCUCGUCCCCGCGCUCGUGUCGCGCGCCUUCUCCGUCGAGGGGCAGCCGAGCUGGUGCGCGGAGAUGCACAACCAGCCCCGCGUCGCGUGCUUCGAGCGCUCCAACCGCCUCCAGCUCACCUGCCCGGCCCUCCCGCCCGGCGUGGAGCUCCGCGCGUUCGGGUACCCCGUCAACCCGUCCGACGCCGCGCGGAUCGGCCGGGACUACAUCGAGGCCGCGGGCCCCCUGGUGGGCGCGAACAAGCUCGACGUCGUGCUUGUCGACGGGCGGUUCCGCGUGGCGUGCGCGCUCUACGCCCUGCAGCACCUCGCGGCGGACGGGACGGUGUUCGUGCACGACUGGCCGGGGCGCCCGCACUACCACGCGCUGCUCGACUGGUACGAGCUGGUCGGGUCCGCGGGGGAGAUGGUGGCGCUCAAGCCGCGGCGGGACGGUGCCGCGCGCGACGCGAAGGGGGCGUGGCUGAUGUACGCGACGGAUCCCAGGUGA